UGUGAGGAGAAGUGUGUGUCCCAUGUUGCAUUAGUGUCUGUGUGAAAUGCUGGCCUGUCUGCCAGGGCCAGGUGACCUCCCCCUCCAGCUUCUCCCCCACACGCAGAUGAACACUGGACUUCAGAAAUGGGACACCGUACAAAGGAUGAGAUCCGCUCCGUUUCCAACCCCUGCAGAAUUGGAUGCGUAUGCUAAAAAAGUUGCCAACAACCCCCUCACCAUCAAGAUCUUCCCCAACAGCGUCAAGGUCCCCCAGCGGAACCACGUGCGGCGCACGGUCAACGGCCUGGACACGUCUGGCCAGCGCUACAGCCCGUACCCUCAGACCAGUGCCAAGACAGGACUCCUCGCCAUCGUCAAGGUGCCCACGGUCAAAGGGAUCCUGAAAGACUUUGACGGCAGCCGGGCUCGCCUGCACCCCGAAGUCAUCAUGAAUCACCCUACCGGACCCUACCAAGUGGCUUCGACCAGCACUUUAAACCACCACCCACCUCUGCCCAACCUGCCGCGGCCCCAGCAGAGUUUAGCGCUCCAACCCCAGGACCUGCCUCAGACUUUACACAUGCCCCUCCCCCAGCAGCAGGCUCUCGGCCAGGGCCUCAGACACCCCCCUCCCCUGGCCCUGCACCCCCAGGGCCCGCCCCGACUGCAGGCUCUGUCUCAGCACCCGGCCCUGGGGCACCCGCAGGGCCCCCCCGCGGUCAUGCUUCAGCAGCAGCCGGCCCCCGGCCUGCAGGGGGCCAGGAAGCUGCCGGACGGCGACGCGCCGCCCAACGUUACCGUCUCUACCUCAACCAUUCCACUCUCCAUGGCCGCCGGCCUGCACCAGGCGCGCCAGGCCGACCUGAGCUCCAUCGUGCACCAGCUCAACCAGUUCUGCCAGGCAAGGGCCCACGGCGCCGGGGCCACGUCCGUGUGCGAGGGCCAGAUCGCCAACCCCAGCCCCAUCAGCCGCAACCUGCUCAUCAGCGCCUGCUCCCGGGUGUCCAUGCACAGCAACCCCGCCACCCCCGGUUUCCCCCCGCCCAACUGCAUCCUGGCCCCUCAAGAGAAAGCCGCCGCCCCCAUGGGAGCCCACCCCCCGCCCGCCAUGAGCCACUUGCCUUCCGGCCACGGCGACCUGAAGCCGCAGCAGCACCUGCCGCCGCACCUCCACCACCCGCAGAGCCUGCAGCACAGCGCCCAGCAGCAGCAGCAGCAGAAGAUGCGCCCCUGGAACCACCACCCGCUCACCCACGGGCCCCCCAUCCAGAACGGAGGCACGCACCUCUGCAAGCAGCCUUCCAGGGACCCGUCGUUCCACUUCAAGGCCAUGGGCUACCCCGCAGAGGUGUGUGUGGGUCAGCCUUACUCCCUGAAACCUCCCGUGGAGAGGCCCACCCCCUCCCCCCCGGUUAACAGCAGCAUGCCCGGCCCCAUGACCCACUACACCAACGGUCACUACUUCCAGUCCCACAUUUGGAACAGCAGCAUCCUCCCCACCCCCAACAGUGACAGCUCUGGGUCUCAGGACGUAACCAUGUCAUUCCACGGUGCCGGCCCGGGUGGGUGCACCACACUGGACUGUGGCCCCCCUGGGGCUCCCCAUUACAGGCUAGGAACCUCCACCUCCUCCAACGCCCAGACUAAUCUGAUGCAAACGACAGAUUACCCGGGUGGGGACUUCCAGACGCCCUACUUCCGCGAUCAGAAUCUAGGGUUAAUGGGCAAGAUGCACAGGCCUCCUCUGAGCAGGGUAGGUCCAGAGGUCGGGGAUGCCAGAACCACUCUCAUCCAGCAUCCAGGGUACAGAUAA